AUGUCAGCGUCUCUGGGAAGUGCAUUACUAACGAGUACUAAUACAGUCGAUCGCCCAAUGUUGAAAGAAAUUGACCUGUGGAUCGAGCAGUUAUAUGAAUGUAAACAACUCUCAGAAGUUCAAGUGAAGACAUUGUGUGAAAAAGCAAAAGAAAUUCUGCAAAAAGAAUCCAACGUACAAGAAGUAAAGUGUCCGGUAACUGUUUGUGGUGACGUGCAUGGCCAGUUCCAUGAUUUAAUGGAAUUGUUCAAAAUGGGUGGAAAGUCUCCAGACACUAACUAUUUAUUCAUGGGUGACUAUGUUGAUAGGGGAUAUUAUUCUGUUGAGACAGUUUCGUUGCUAGUUUGUCUAAAGGUUAGGUAUAAGGAACGCGUCACCAUUUUACGUGGAAAUCAUGAAUCUCGCCAAAUUACACAGGUCUAUGGAUUUUACGAUGAAUGUCUCCGUAAAUAUGGCAAUUCCAAUGUUUGGAAGCACUUUACAGAUUUAUUUGAUUAUUUUCCUUUAACGGCAUUGGUGGAUGGACAGAUUUUUUGUUUGCAUGGUGGUCUUUCACCAUCUAUCGAUAGUCUUGAUCAUAUUCGUGCUUUAGACAGAAUACAGGAAGUACCUCACGAAGGUCCGAUGUGCGAUUUGUUAUGGUCAGAUCCAGACGAUCGCGGUGGAUGGGGUAUUUCUCCUCGUGGAGCUGGUUAUACAUUCGGUCAAGACAUUUCAGAAACUUUCAAUCAUUCUAACGGCCUCACUCUCAUCUCAAGAGCUCAUCAAUUAGUAAUGGAAGGUUAUAAUUGGUGUCAUGAUCGUAAUGUCGUUACCGUUUUCUCAGCUCCAAAUUAUUGCUAUCGAUGUGGAAACCAGGCAGCUAUGGUUGAAUUAGAUGACGAACUCAAAUAUUCGUUUUUACAGUUUGAUCCUGCACCAAGGCGUGGAGAGCCGCAUGUUACUAGACGAACUCCAGAUUAUUUUCUUUGA